CACUUCCGGUUGCUUUGUGAACACACCGCUCCUCCGCUCAGGCUCCUGUCUUCAUGCUGUUUUCCGUUCCUCGCCUCGGCUGUCCUGGGAGGCUCCGGCCUGGUGUCCGAAGGGCCCCCAGUCACUGAGAACCGGUAGAGAAAUGUGUCCGCCGUGUGCGGAAGAGGCGAGAGACACCAGUAUUAAAAACACAGAUAAACCAUCAUGAUUCCCAUCACAGAGCUUCGGUACUUUGCUGACACCCAGCCAACAUAUCGCAUCCUGAAGCCAUGGUGGGACGUGUUCACCGACUACAUCUCAAUCAUCAUGCUGAUGAUCGCGGUGUUCGGUGGGACGCUGCAGGUCACGCAGGACAAAAUGAUCUGCCUGCCCUGCAAGUGGAUCCUCAACGACACUUGCGACGCCAUGCCAAACGCCACGGGCCCCUACCGUCCAGAACCCAAGGGCAUUCAGUAUGACCUGGACCGACAUCAGUACAACUAUGUCGACGCCGUCUGCUACGAGAACAAACUGCACUGGUUUGCUAAAUACUUCCCCUAUCUGGUGCUGCUCCACACUCUCAUCUUCCUGGCCUGCAGCAACUUCUGGUUCAAAUUCCCACGCACCAGUUCCAAACUGGAGCACUUUGUCUCCAUCCUCCUCAAGUGCUUCGACUCGCCGUGGACAACGAGAGCUUUGUCAGAGACUGUGGUGGAGGAGAGCGACCCCAAACCUGUGGGGAAAAUGAACGGGUCCAUGGACAAAAAAGCCUCGAGCGUGAGCGAGGACGUGGAGGCCAGUGUGCCCAUGCUCCAGCGAACAAAGUCCAGAAUCGAACAAGGAAUCGUCGAUCGCUCUGAAACCGGGGUCUUGGACAAAAAGGAAGGGGAGCAGGCCAAAGCGCUUUUUGAGAAGGUGAAGAAGUUCAGGAUUCACGUCGAGGAAGGCGACAUAGUCUACCGCCUUUACAUUCGUCAGACUAUCAUUAAAGUGAUCAAGUUCAUAGUGAUAAUAAGCUACACGGGUUAUUAUGUAGGACAGAUCCGCUUCAGCGUGGUGUGCUCGGUAAACAUCGAGAAACUCACAGGAUACCGCCUGUUUUAUUGCGCCCACCCAUUAGCUACACUUUUCAAGAUCCUGGCCUGUUUCUACAUCAGCUUGGUGGUGGUUUACGGUCUCAUCUGCAUGUACACGCUUUGUUGGAUGGUGAGACGCUCCCUCAAACGGUACUCCUUCGAGUCCAUCCGUGAGGAGAGCAGUUAUAGCGACAUCCCUGACCUCAAGAAUGACUUUGCCUUUAUGCUACACAUGAUUGACCAGUAUGACCCUCUGUACUCAAAGCGCUUCGCCGUGUUCCUGUCGGAGGUCAGCGAGAACAAGCUGAGGCAGCUGAACCUCAACAAUGAGUGGACGUUAGAGAAGCUGAGGCAGCGGAUCACCAAGAACUCCCAGGACAAACUGGAGCUGCACCUCUUCAUGCUCAGCGGGAUCCCAGACACGGUGUUCGAUCUGGUCGAGCUGGAGGUGCUGAAGUUGGAGCUGAUCCCGGAUGUGACUAUACCCCCCAUCAUCGCCCAGCUCUCCAACCUGAGGGAGAUGUGGCUGUACCACACUCCAGCUAAAAUCGAAGCUCCGGCGUUGGCCUUCCUAAGGGAGAACCUGAAGUCCCUGCACAUCAAGUUCACAGACAUCAAGGAGAUUCCUUUGUGGAUCUACAGCCUGAAGAACCUCAGCGAGCUGCACCUGACUGGUAACCUGAGCGCUGAGAACAAUCGAUUUAUUGUGAUCGAUGGGCUCAGAGAGCUCAAAAGUCUGAAGGUGCUGCGCCUGAAAAGCAACCUGACCAAGCUGCCUCAGGUGGUGACGGACGUUGGAGUGCAUCUUCAGAAGCUCUCCAUCAACAAUGAGGGCACCAAGCUGAUGGUGCUCAACAGCCUUAAGAAGAUGGUCAACCUGACAGAACUGGAGCUCAUUCGUUGCGACCUGGAGCGCAUCCCCCACUCCAUCUUCAGCUUGCACAACCUGCAGGAGAUCGACCUCAAAGACAAUAACCUGAAGACCAUCGAGGAGAUCAUCAGCUUUCAGCACCUGCACCGCCUCGUGUGCCUAAAGCUCUGGUACAACCAGAUCGCCUACAUCCCCAUCCAGAUCGGAACCCUUACCAACCUGGAGAGGCUCUAUCUGAACAGGAACAAGAUCGAGAAGAUCCCCAGCCAGCUUUUCUUCUGUCGCAAGCUGCGCUUCCUGGAUCUGAGCCACAACAACCUGACCAGCAUCCACCCAGACGUAGGCUUCCUCCAGAACCUGCAGUAUUUUGCCGUCACAGCUAACAGGAUUGAGACUUUGCCCCCUGAGCUGUUUCAGUGCAAGAAACUCCGCACUCUGAAUCUGGGGAACAACUGCUUGCAGACGUUGCCGUCGCGCUUCGGGGAACUGACCGGGCUGACCCAGCUGGAGCUGAGGGGGAACCGCCUCGAGUGCCUCCCGGUGGAGCUUGGCGAGUGCCGGCUGCUGAAGAAAAGCAGCCUGGUGGUGGAGGAGGACCUGUUCAACACGCUGCCAACGGAAGUCAAGGAGCAUCUGUGGAGGGCUGAUAAGGAGCAAGUUUGAGCCAAAAUAAAUAAUGUUGACAGGAAAUCACAGUCAGAUAUACAAGAGACUUGUUGAAUCUUGGACAAAACCUUAAGAAGGAUGCAGCUGCGAAGGUAAAAAGAAGAAAGUUGAACAUCUACAUAUGAUUUAUGAGGAAUCUUUUUCCAGGUUACAAAGCUGCAGAGUUGCUGUUAAAUAUGCAUGCCAUAGUAGGAUCAAUCUUAAAUGAUACUUGUUCAUUGGACUUAAACAACUGUCAGUCAGCUAAAUGUGCUCCUCUUGAUAAACUGAGAGAGAGCAGGACAGUUGUACAAAGGGCCACUUUGAACACUGAAUCUGCUCACCACACUUCUAGACUCCAUAUAUUGGAGGAACUUUUAUUUUUGCAGUUAUGCACAACGUGGCUCAUCGCAUCCGCAGAUGUUAUCAAGCCAUUUUAUCCUCAAUGGUUUCUUUUUCCUUUACGCUCUUUUUUUCUUAGAGUGAAAUUUUUUUUAUGGGCACAAAAGGACUAUGAUCACAAACAAAUCAUCACACAGGUAAUCUCACAGCUCCGGCCUUAACCCUGUGACAACUGAUGGGACACGUUGCAAAGAAAUAAGAUAAGAAACAAAUGAAACGUAAAAACUCGUUAGCUGUAAAUUUAAGCCUGAUGCGGGCUGUAACCUGAACAGAAAGCUCCACUAGUAUUCCAUGGCUCGGUUUAUGCAGAUUUCAUAUGAUACAUGUGAUAUAUGGGAUUCAGAGACACGAUUUGAGCAAAUGAGGCUGACCUUGACUGAACAUUUCCUGUUCACGUCCUGAACACACACACACACAGAUUAACUUAGGUGACCUUUGUUCAUUUUCAGAGCAUAUUUUAUUUCCAAGUCUAAAAUGUAACUAUACUUUUAGUCACAUGUUUUUACCAACAGUUCAGCAUGUUUUUCAGAUUUAAAUAUAGCAUGCAAAGAAAAGACCCUCACACAUUUCUUUUUUGUUUUUUGUCACCUUAUUGAGUAAGAUCAUCAAUCAAAUCCUUCAUGUAACCAAUAUAAACCAAAAAUAACAAAACAGAGUUUUUAAAUGUUCAUUUAUUGAUUUCUAAGGGGAAAAAGCUGUCCAAACAAAUGUGGAGGUUGUAUCAAAGUAUAAAUAACACAUUUUUAAAUAAUGUCAAACACCAUCUUUUAAAUAGAACCCACCUAACAAUAUGAAGUAGGCUAAAAGAUUGG